CUUUCCCUUUUGCGGGGAUUUUUUUUGUUCUUAUAUUUUUCAUUUCUGUCUUCGAAGUGGUGCCUGAAUUAGAUCUCUCUCUGCUCUUCAUUGCAAAAAUUUCCCAUCUCUCUUUCUUCCUCUCUCUUGCUCGGAGCAACUUCAAGGGUCUUAUCGCUGCUUCAGAUCUCGCAGCGAUUUGAAUCCACUUCAUUUUUAUCUUCAUCAUCUUUAAUCUCCUUUUGGUGUUUUGACUCUCAAUUGAAGAUUCAAUCUCGGCCGUAGAUCUGGUUCUGCAUCUGGUUCUUGAUUCUGAGCCGUCGAUCUGAGAGACACCAUGGCGGCCGCGAACGCUCCGAUCACCAUGAAGGAGGUCUUAACUCUACCGAGCAUUGGGAUUAGUCCGCAAUUCAUCACAUUUACAAAUGUUACGAUGGAGUCUGAUAAGUAUAUAUGUGUAAGAGAAACAGCUCCGCAGAACAGUGUUGUCAUUAUUGACAUGAAUAUGCCAAUGCAACCAUUGAGGAGACCUAUUACAGCAGAUUCAGCUUUGAUGAAUCCAAACUCUAGAAUCCUUGCCUUGAAAGCUCAACUCCCAGGGACCACACAGGAUCAUUUACAGAUAUUCAACAUUGAGAUGAAGGCAAAAAUGAAAUCACAUCAGAUGCUUGAGCAGGUAAUGAUCUCAUUGGAAUUGUCUCGUCUUGUGGUGAAUCAGAACAAGAAAAAUCUUUUGGAGAACUGGCUGGCUGAGGAUAAGUUGGAAUGCAGUGAGGAACUUGGAGACCUAGUGAAGACUGUGGAUAAUGAUCUUGCUCUUAAAAUAUACAUUAAAGCUAGAGCAACUCCAAAAGUUGUUGCAGCUUUUGCCGAGCGAAGGGAGUUUGACAAAAUCUUAAUUUAUUCAAAGCAGGUUGGAUAUACUCCUGAUUAUUUGUUCCUUCUGCAAACAAUACUUCGGACGGAUCCUCAGGGAGCUGUCAAUUUUGCAUUGAUGAUGUCCCAGAUGGAAGGAGGUUGUCCCCUCGAUUAUAAUACCAUUACAGAUCUCUUUCUUCAGAGGAAUUUGAUCCGUGAGGCAACAGCGUUUCUAUUAGAUGUUUUGAAGCCAAAUCUAUCAGAACAUGGUUAUCUCCAAACCAAGGUUCUUGAGAUCAAUCUGGUGACUUUUCCGAAUGUUGCUGAUGCAAUUUUAGCCAAUGGGAUGUUUACUCACUAUGAUCGUCCUCGAAUUGCCCAACUUUGUGAAAAAGCUGGGCUUUACAUGCAAGCUUUGCGGCACUACACAGAGUUGCCUGACCUAAAGCGUGUGAUUGUAAAUACACAUGCAAUUGAGCCACAGGCACUUGUUGAGUUUUUUGGUUCGCUGUCUCGGGAAUGGGCCCUGGAGUGCAUGAAGGACCUUUUAUUAGUGAUCAGAGGCAACAUUCAGAUAAUUGUGCAGACUGCGAAGGAGUACUGUGAACAGUUGGGUGUUGAUGCAUGCAUUAAGCUAUUUGAGCAGUUCAAGUCAUAUGAGGGGCUGUACUUUUUCCUGGGUUCAUAUUUGAGUUCAAGUGAGGAUCCUGAUAUCCACUUUAAGUACAUUGAGGCAGCUGCAAAAACGGGACAAAUAAAGGAAGUGGAGCGUGUGACUAGAGAAUCAAACUUCUAUGAUCCUGAGAAGACGAAAAACUUUUUGAUGGAAGCCAAGCUUCCUGAUGCUCGACCACUAAUUAAUGUUUGUGAUCGUUUUGGGUUUGUUCCAGAUCUUACCCACUACCUCUAUACGAAUAACAUGCUCCGUUACAUUGAAGGAUAUGUCCAGAAGGUGAACCCUGGAAAUGCUCCCUUAGUUGUUGGUCAGCUGCUAGAUGAUGAAUGCCCAGAAGAUUUCAUUAAGGGUCUCAUUCUUUCUGUCCGAUCUUUGCUUCCAGUUGAGCCCCUUGUGGAUGAAUGUGAAAAGAGAAACCGUCUUCGUUUACUCACUCAGUUCUUGGAGCAUUUAGUUAGUGAGGGAAGCCAAGAUGUACAUGUCCAUAAUGCCCUGGGUAAAAUCAUUAUUGAUAGCAAUAACAAUCCGGAGCACUUCCUUACUACCAACCCUUAUUAUGAUUCUCGGGUUGUUGGUAAGUAUUGUGAGAAGCGUGAUCCCACCCUGGCAGUCGUGGCUUACCGGAGAGGUCAAUGUGAUGAUGAACUUAUUAAUGUCACCAAUAAAAACUCUUUGUUCAAAUUGCAAGCUAGGUACGUGGUUGAAAGGAUGGAUGCCGUGCUCUGGGACAAGGUUCUUGAUCCUGAAAAUGGCUAUAGAAGACAACUUAUUGAUCAAGUUGUGUCUACUGCUUUACCAGAAAGUAAGAGCCCAGAACAAGUUUCUGCAGCUGUUAAAGCAUUCAUGACAGCAGAUCUUCCACAUGAGCUCAUUGAGCUUCUUGAAAAGAUUGUGCUUCAAAACUCUGCAUUCAGUGGGAACUUCAAUCUGCAAAACCUGCUUAUUUUGACAGCUAUUAAGGCAGACCCAUCAAGAGUUAUGGAUUAUAUUAACAGACUAGAUAACUUUGAUGGACCUGCAGUAGGAGAGGUGGCUGUUGAAGCCCAGCUCUAUGAGGAAGCGUUUGCUAUUUUCAAGAAGUUUAACUUAAACGUUCAGGCUGUCAAUGUGUUAUUAGACAAUAUCAGAAGCAUUGAACGGGCAGUGGAAUUUGCAUUUCGUGUUGAAGAAGAUGCUGUUUGGAGCCAGGUGGCAAAGGCUCAGCUCAGAGAGGGCCUGGUUAGUGAUGCAAUUGAGUCAUUUAUUCGGGCUGAUGAUGCCACUCAAUUCCUUGAUGUUAUUCGUGCUGCGGAGGAUGCAAACGUCUACCAUGACUUGGUUAGAUAUCUAAUGAUGGUUAGACAGAAGGUGAAGGAGCCCAAGGUGGAUAGUGAGCUUAUAUAUGCAUAUGCUAAGAUUGAUAGAUUGGGUGAAAUUGAAGAAUUUAUUCUGAUGCCAAAUGUGGCAAAUCUUCAAAAUGUUGGUGAUCGUCUAUAUGAUGAAGCCUUGUACGAAGCUGCAAAAAUAAUUUAUGCCUUCAUAUCAAACUGGGCUAAGUUGGCUGUCACACUUGUGAAGCUAAAACAGUUCCAAGGUGCUGUUGAUGCAGCACGAAAAGCCAACAGUGCCAAAACAUGGAAAGAAGUUUGCUUUGCAUGCGUUGAUGCAGAAGAGUUUCGCUUGGCACAGAUAUGUGGACUUAACAUUAUUAUACAGGUGGAUGACCUUGAGGAAGUAAGUGAAUAUUACCAGAACAGAGGAUGCUUCAAUGAAUUAAUCUCUCUAAUGGAGAGUGGUUUAGGUUUAGAACGUGCACACAUGGGCAUCUUUACUGAGUUGGGAGUUCUUUAUGCCAGAUACCGUUAUGAGAAACUGAUGGAACAUAUCAAAUUGUUUUCAACCCGUCUCAACAUUCCCAAACUUAUUAGAGCUUGUGAUGAACAACAGCACUGGAAAGAACUUACUUAUCUAUAUAUCCAAUAUGAUGAGUUUGACAAUGCGGCAACGACUGUCAUGAAUCACUCCCCUGAAGCAUGGGAUCACAUGCAGUUCAAAGAUAUUGUUGUCAAAGUUGCUAAUGUGGAGCUAUAUUACAAGGCAGUGCAUUUCUACUUGCAAGAACAUCCUGAUAUCAUCAACGAUCUUCUCAAUGUGCUUGCACUCAGAUUGGACCACACACGCGUUGUUGACAUUAUGCGAAAGGCUGGUCACUUGCGUCUUAUCAAGCCAUACAUGGUUGCUGUCCAAAGUAACAAUGUAUCUGCUGUCAAUGAAGCAUUGAAUGAGAUUUAUGUAGAGGAGGAGGACUAUGACAGGUUGCGUGAGUCUAUCGAUCUGCAUGAUAGCUUUGAUCAAAUUGGCCUUGCACAGAAGAUUGAGAAACAUGAGCUCCUUGAGAUGAGACGUGUUGCUGCUUAUAUCUACAAAAAGGCUGGCAGAUGGAAGCAGUCCAUUUCAUUGUCAAAGAAGGAUAACCUGUACAAGGAUGCCAUGGAGACAGCUUCACAAUCUGGUGACCGUGAACUUGCAGAGGAGUUGCUUGUUUAUUUCAUUGAGCAGGGCAAGAAGGAGUGUUUUGCAUCAUGCCUCUUUGUUUGUUAUGAUUUGAUUCGACCAGAUGUUGCUUUUGAACUUGCCUGGAUCAACAAUAUGCUUGACUUUGCUUUCCCAUAUCUGUUGCAGUUCAUCCGCGAAUACACAUGCAAAGUUGAUGACCUAGUGAAGGAAAAGCUUGAAGCUCUUAAAGAAGUUAAGGCUAAGGAGCAGGAAGAGAAGGACGUUAUUGCACAGCAGAACAUGUAUGCUCAAUUAUUACCCCUUGCUUUGCCUGCACCCCCAAUGCCAGGAAUGGGUGGCCCACCUGGGAUGGGAGGAGGCUUUGCUCCCCCUCCACCAAUGCCGGGCAUGGGGAUGCCUCCAAUGCCUCCUUUUGGCAUGCCACCAAUGGGUAAUUACUAAUAAUGGAGCCACGAUCAUUUCUAAAGGAAAUUACCCAGUCAUCUUUUUGCUCGAUGAACAAGAAUAGGGAGGAAACACCUAGCAGUUUUGGGCUUUGGAUCUGGGGGUGUUUUGUCGGGCCUUUUGUUCUUAAAAGAUCUUUUUCGUGUUCCUUGUGUCAAGUAGGGUUGAAACCAGUCUAGUUUAAUAAUUGACAUUUAUUUUACCUCAAUCAUUUUAGCAGUGUGGAUAUGUUUUGUAAUAUUCUUUUGUUUAGCAGAGGCAUUUUUUGGCUGCUGAUAGAAAGCGAGCCGAGGAUUUCAUGUAUUUGUAGUAAUUCCAAAAUUGUUCUUUUCUGGGUUAAGGGCUUGGUCAAGUAUAAUACGAAACUUUUCAUACUUUGAUCAUAAACACAAA